AUGGCCGAGCAAGAUACCGAUCCAGUCGCUGCUCACUCUGCAGUCGACCCUGUCGUCGCCAUGACCGACGCCGCAGAAGAUCCCGACGCCCACACAUACACUUCUACUAACGCCUCUGAGCUCCAUAAAAAGGCAAUUCUCCAGCGGCUCCGUGAUAAUGAUGCAGCUUCCAAUGCAACCAGUCGAUCGGAAGAGAGCCACACUCUCUCGCCAAGCUCGGAUCAUAAUCUCCCCCAUCAAUCUGGUCAUGUUUUCGAGGGCAUUGCUGCUGUUGCUGAAGAGAUUGAAACCGGCCAGGUGCAAGGAGCCCCGGCUCCAGGCACCUCCAGCUCCAGCAGCAACUCUUUGCUUGAGGCUAGGGGUGCAUCCCCUGCUUCGAGUCACCCGCACCUCCAAGAAUCUUGCCUGCCUUACCCGUUCCGCAGUGGGCCAUAUCCUAAAGAAUAUCACGCCCAGAGCAAGGCUACUUGGUCCCCCGAUGGCAGACAAGAGCCAAUUCGUCUUUUCAACAUCAACAGUCCAGACUCCCAAGUACAGGCUUCGUACCCGCUCCAGUCUGAGACAGAUGAUGUGCUGCAUAUCCCAGUGGAUUGCAUCAAGUUCCUGCCGGAUAAUUAUCAUUUCAUUGCCGCUGUGUCACAACUCUACACCCGCAGCAAGCAUAGAAAGAAGGACAGGGGCAACCCCUUCGCUCUUAGCGGUAGGAUCUCGGCGCUUGACUACCGUGCGGACGGAUUACUCGCAGUUGGCACCUGGGGCAACAAGAUAGGCUUCUAUGAAAGCUUUGGUGUGGGCGAGGUCUUGGCGGUUGAGUUGAUGGACAACAUGCGCGUCUUCGGCCAGGGACAUGGCAUCCAGAUGUUACGUUGGAGUCCUGACGGCAACUACCUAUACAUAGGCGAGCGGUCAACGGACUGCAUAACCAUCUUGGAUGUCCGCAUGUCGAAUCGCAAAGUUUCUUAUCUCACCGGCUGCAACAAUAGGACAAGGCAGAAGCACGGCUUCGAUUUGCUGGUCGAUGGCAAUGGCCAUCGCGUUAUCGCCGGUGAUAGCGAUGGUGUUGUGCGCGUAUGGAACAAUCCCACUACGCGCUCCGAGGAAUGGGACAUGGAGCCUGAUCUUGAAUGGCAGGCCCAUGACGAUACCGUAGCGGCUGUAGCUGUCAACCCCGUCUGGCCCGAUUUCUUCGUCACAACGGCCGGAUCUCGUCACUUCCCAACCGAAGAGGACUACGAUACCAGCGACAGCUCGGAUACAGACGAAAAUCGGGUUAGGCAUGGCGGUAAGAAGAAGCCGCGCGGUGGCGGUGGUGUAGAGGAGCUGGAUUCUCCUGUGCCCGAAGGUUGGAUGAAGGUCUGGCGCUGGUAG